GUCAGUGUCACAGAGAGGGGGCGUGUUCUGCAUGCUGUUUGCCGUCACUCCCGGGGUUGGGCUGCAGUGAACAGGAGGGAGACAAGCGGGAGAGGCCGGGGUUGAGGAAACCUCCUCCGUGCUUCCAGCGCCGCUAUUUUUUCCCCUUCUUCUUGGCAGAUCGUGCCAUUGAGGUAAUCCUCCCAUCAAUGUGAAAUUACAAAGCGAAACACAUCUCCAUGUGUAUCCUCAUAAGAUGUGUUACGAUGAUGCCUGAGGAAUAAGUCUCUUGACUAAAUGUCACAGAGUAUAAAUGAUCUUCCUGAAGCAUUUUGCCAAAUUGCUGGAAUGAAGAUCCCCUCCACCUUCUAAAGAACAUCUGAAGAAAAUGCUUCUUUUGUUAAGAAUGCCUACUACCUAGAUUCAUGCGCCCUAUCUGUACAGUUGUGGAUGGUUUACCAUCAGAAGGCACCACAAGCUUGUUUUCCCGCCCUUUUUCUGUCUUUGAAAUGUCGAUGCUUCGUGCUUUAGAUCCCGUCCAGACCUGGCUGGGCCAAGAGUUAGAAAAAUGUGGUAUUGAUGCCAUGAUCUACACUAGAUACGUCUUAAGCCUUCUGCUGCACGACAGUUAUGACUACGACCUUCAGGAACAGGAAAAUGACAUCUUCUUGGGCUGGGAAAAGGGAGCUUGCAAAAAAUGGGGAAAAGGCAAGAAAAAGAGCUCUGACCUCUCUCUGGAAGAAAUGAAAAAACAGGCUGCGGUCCAAUGUUUGCUUUCAGCGUCUGAUGAGACCUCUGGAAUUGAAACUUUAGUAGAGGAGCUCUGCUCCAAACUGAAAGAUCUCCAGAGCAGCCAAGGUGAACAGCAACCUAUAAACAAAGAGAAGACUAAUAAAAAGCUUGAAGGCUCUCCCUCUCCUGAAACAACAUGUCUAAAGAAAGAUCAGGCAGAAAUGUAUUACGAAGCUUUCCCACCACUCUCAGAGAAGCCAGUUUGCCUGCAGGAAAUGAUGACUGUUUGGAACAAAUCUAAAAUCUGCUCUUAUUCUAGCUCUUCCUCAUCUUCUACAGCCCCGCAAACAAGCACCGAAACACCAUCUCCAAAGGAAUGCAAUAGUGAGUGCGAAACCAUAACCAUCAGCAAGAGUGGAGCUUUGAACACUGUACAGGGAAAAAAUUCACAAAGAAAAAGCAAGAGCAAAAAGGAAAAUAAGUUUAACGGCGGCGCAACUGAUGAUACAUUUGGCUUAAGUAAAAGUGUCCGGCACAAGUCCAGCGGUAAGAUUCGCCCUCGAUCCUGGUCAUCAGGCUCAAGUGAAGCAAGCUCAAGUAGUUAUCAAGGGGACAUGAAAACAAGGUUAAUCAAAGUACGGCAUAAAGUUCGUGAAGUUCGAAAUAAGAAGGGUAAAAGUGGACAAAGGAUUCCUGCUAAAAACUCAGAGAAGGUGGAGAAGAAAAAUGCUGUUGGAAGCAGCUGCAGUGCAAGUUCAGUUAGACCGCUUUGUAAGCGGGUUAAACGGCAUGUGAGAGAGCAUGCAUGGAAAGAACCUGAGAAUGAAGGAAAUGUCUGUAUAGAUAGGAAAAGUGAAACUGAAUUCAAAGAGGAGCCUUUGUGGUAUACCGAACCCAUAACAGAAUAUUUAGUUCCUCUUAACAGCAAAAGCAAAUUGGAGACGACGUAUCGAAAGAGUCAGCAAAAUUUGUAUAACCCAUCAGAAAAUAUUGAAGAGCUGUCUGAGUUUGUACAUGCUCUACAUCUAGGUAACCACAAUAUCCAUGAAACAUACCUCACAGCAGGUACUUUUAUUGAGGGUCACUUUAUAGAAAUGCCUGCAGUUGUAAAUGAGACCAGUGACCAUACUGGGACCUCGAACUGUUCUCUGUUUGAGGACAAUUAUUUGGAUGAUAUUCAUCCUUUAGAACUUAAGCACUUCUAUGAAGUUGAAAUUGACCAAUCCAUGUUGGAUCCUGGUGCCUCAGAAGAAAUGCAAGGAGAAAGUCGUAUCUUGAAUAUGAUCCGACAAAAAAGUAAAGUGAAAAGUGAUUUUGAGGCCGAAUUUUGCAGAGUGUUGGAUGAAAAGAGAUUGCAAGGGGAAAGUGCAAUAUGGUCAGAAUCAACCAGUUCUGUUGGUGCUGAUGGUUUGUUCUUUCAAGACCACAGUAAUUUAGCUCAGUUUUGGGAGCCCUGUUCACCUUCAAGCUCUGUUGGUGCAGACGGGGAAAGUUUUGGAGGGGACUCCCCAAAUGCAUUUUCACCUUUUCUAGACAGCACAAAGCUUAGCACCCAUUCACAUGCGCGCAAUCAAGAUUUAUUUUUUGCUGCAAGUAACUCAUCUUUUUCAGUGUUUGAAGUGCAGUGCAGUAAUUCUGUAUUCACGCUGCCCAGGGAGAGUGUUUUGGAUGACAAAGUUAAAGCAGACUCUUGUUUCACCAUGGAUGGGUUUGGUAAAACGCAAUCACGAUUACUAAUAUGGACCAAAAAUAGUGCCUUUGAUGAAAAUGAACAAUGCUCAAAUCUUUCAACUCGUACCUGUAGUCCAUGGUCACACUCAGAAGGAGCCCGAUCGGAUACUGAAACCUUAAACAGUCAUUUUGAAGAACCCUCCCUUUCAAUUAUUGAAGACCUGAGUUAUGAUGUUCCAAGAGUGAUUUUAAGUCUUCAAGAUGAUGAUGCAUCAUGUUCAAAUACCAGGAGUUCCUUUCAGCAAAGCAACAACUUAGAAGAUGAAUCGACUUUGGUCCUAAAUAAGAAAUCAAAAUUGGAAUCUGUUUGUGGUAUUCAACUUGAACAGGAAUCUCAUGAAUUAUCAGACACUAGCGAUGCUGGUAAGACAAGUUACCAGGGUGAACAUGGGUACAGCUCAGGGGUCAUUCAGGACAUCUGGACAAGUAUGUCGGACAGGAAUUCUGAGAUAAUGGAAGAUCCUUUAUUCCCAGUCAGUGUAAACGCAUACAGUUGUCCGGAUACUGAGGCUACAGAUGAAGCCUUUCAGGAACCCAGUAAAGCUGUCCAAAGAUCUGAGUAUCAUCUUUGGGAAAGCCAAAAAGACCCUUUGGAAAAAAGAGCUUUUCUCGAGUCUGAUGUAGACUGUGGAGAUUAUACUACCCCAGCCAAACCCUGGGAUGUAAAUCAUGUUAAAGAAAACUCCUUCAUUCUUGGAGGAGUUUAUGGAGAGUUCAAGGCCUUUGGUGGAGAUGAUGAAUGGGCUGUGCUUCCAUCCAAUCAGGAGAAAGAUGGCUUACUGGAAUGUGCCGCUUCAGAUGUUGUUACAAUUGCAGGUACUGAUGUUUUCAUGACGCCAGGUAACAGUUUUGCACCUGGCCAUCGACCAUUAUGGAGGCCAUUUAUUUCAUUUGAGGAAAGCGAACAGCUGAAAAAUGGGGAUAAAGGCCUAAAUAAAGGUUUUUCUUUCAUUCUCCAUGAAAACCUUCUUGAAACAUGUGCUAACUUACAAAUAGAUGAACCCGACUUGGGGUAUACAUUCUCCUCUUUUGAGCUGAACAAUCGUUUUUCGCAAGUUCUUCAUGUUGAGUGCUCAUUCGAGCCUGGUUGCAUUUCGGCAUGUAGCCCUAACUUCAAGCCAAAAUCUUUCUGUUUGGGUUCAGGUGGGGAAGCAGGCAAUCCUAGGAUUUGUGGCAUCAACAGAACACAGUACAGGUCAAUAAGAAUUUCCCCACGGACACACUUUCGCCCAAUAUCUGCAUCCGAGCUGUCUCCUGGCGGGGGAAGUGAUUCAGACUUUGAAUCUGAAAAAGAUGAGGCGGCUGCACCUGCUGUUUCUGAAGAAGUGUUUGUGGAUCCUCAAGGUGAUCUUAAGCCGCUGGAAGAGGAUGCAGAGAAAGAAGGUCCUUUUUAUGGAAAGUCUGAGCUUGAGUCUGGGAAGUUUCUCCCUAGCCUGAAGAAAUCUGGUAUGGAGAAGAGUGCACAGACCUCCUUGGACGGCCAAGAGGACUCCCUCGGUGCACUGCCCCCGGAUAAACAGGACAAUUUAGACUUCAGGAUCAUUGAGUCGUUGGAAAGUGAUGUUGUGGAGAGCUCCAAAAUAAACUGCAAAAAAGUUCAGCCGACUAGCCAAGCUGAUCGAGGAGGCAGCUACGAAAUGGGCUGUGAAUCUAUGUUUGCUGGAGAACUAGGAGAGUAUCCAUCACUGAACAUUGAUCUUCAGGGAGUGAACGCUGCCCAAGAGAAACAGUGCUGGUGGCAAAAAGCUCUGUACUCUCCAUUAAUAUCUGGAUCUUGUUGUGAUGCCUACUACAUGAGCGUAAAGGACCCGAGUUGUGUAGAAAAUGCAAAUGGGAAAGAAUCGUCUACCCCAGGAUGGCAUCCUCAAGAGAUAGAAAAGGUUUCUGCAUGCAAUGAUGCCAAAGUUGUCAUCGGCUACAGCUCUGGAACACGAUCCAAUUGCUUCAGAAAGAAGAUCUACUCCAGUGCCAGCUCAAGCUCCGACACGGCUUCAGAUGGAGGGCGAGAAUGGGCCGAUAUCUGUCGAGAAGAGCUCUUCUCUCGCACACAGCUGUGACGGAGUGUGGGGCUGUCUGCUGAAUGUUUUAUUAUUAUUUUCUUUGUUUUUUUUUUUUUCUCUCUCGCUCUCCGUCCCUUUAGUUGUCUUUACUGAAAUUUUCAGUUACAAUUUCAGACUUUCUUUGGUUUAGAGCUAGUUUUAGAUACGUCUGCUAAAGUCCCUCCCAUUUUUCCCAUCUUCUUCAAUCUAAAUUUCUGCCUAGUCUAGUUAGCGAAGAUUGUGUUGUGAGAUCAGGAGCGGAUGUGCACGUGCUUGUGUCGUAGAAUCACUGCUUUCCAGCAUCUAAACUUUACAUAUCCUUAUUUAACCUCCUUUACUGUAGCCACAAAUCCCACUGAGAGGUCGUACAACCUGCAGCUACAUCGACUUGGGCUUUUGGAUAUACGUAGAUAUAAAUAUAAUUUUUUUUUUCUGAAUAUAUUUUCAAAACUAAAGAGAUGCAUAACACUGUAAUCAGUCAGUGCCUUUCUGAAUGUGGGGAGACUAGCAUGAAUGGCUUGCCCUAGUCUUCAAAGGAGAAAAAAAAAAUUUUUAAAUAAAAAAAGCAUUAAAAAAAAUAAAAUAAAUAAAGUUACAGUAGAAGCAAUGAGAUUGUGCUUUAGAGACUUAAAGAAUACUGUGUUUUGUAUUCAAUUAUAUUUUGUGCCCCCCCUGCUGUCAGAGGAUAAUUUAGUUUUAAUUCUAAUCGCGAAAAGCCACGGAUCUGGUAAACCCUGGUCAAUGGGAGAGGGUCUGUAAACUUUGAUCCAUUUUUUUUUUUUUUUUUAAUAAAUGGUACAGGUAUGGGAUCCGGAAACCCGUUAUCCAGAAAGCUCAAACUCCAUUUUAUCCAAAUAAUCCAGAUUUUUAAGAUUUUCUUUUUCUCUUUAAUAGUAAAACAGUAGCUUGUCCUUCAUCAUCCAAACAAAGCAAUGAUUAAUCCUUAUUAGAAGCAAAACCAGCCUAUUGGGUUUUAGUCACAUUUAUCAAGGGUUGAAUUUCUAAUUCAUGUCGGUGUUUUUGUUUGUUUUUUUUUAAAGCUCCCAUAAACUCGAAAUUCGACUAUCAAAAUUUAUUAUGAAAAGGUAAUUUAUUUUUUUAAACUCUGGUGCAUAGGAUCGCCCCGAAAACGCAAAUCGAAUUUUAAAAAUAACUGUCCGGAAGACUGCAAGUAACUCCAAAUUUGUCAGGUUUUAGGUGGCAAAUAGUCUAAUUUGAGUUCUUGAAGAAGGAAAGAUACUGAGGCAGUUUAUUGCCAACAGUGUAAACAACUCUAGAAGCUCUUGGUUUGUUUAGGAUAGCAGUUGCCAUAUUAGCUUGCUGUGACAUGCCUUCCUGUCUUGAGUGUCUCCCUGCUCCCUCAUAGCUCUGGGCUCAGAUUACAGCCGGGAAGAGAAAAGGGAGGUUGGAGAGGAGCAAACUGAGCAUGCUCAAGCCCUAGCCUUGGAGGUUUAAGCUGAAAACAGGAAGUCUGAUACAGAAGCCCAUGAGUACACAAUAGAAGUAAUGAAAUGCUGUGUUUCUUUUGACAG